UUAUUGUAUCUUCAUAAAAUAUAAAUAUUGCUUUAUAAUUUUACAUUUAACUUUUAUAAACUAUUUUCUUGAAAUACAACAUCAUGAACACAGAUAAUAAUCCAUUUGAUCCUACACGAAAGUUAAAAUCUAGUCCUGUACCUGUUUUAUUUAUUCCUUUUAAAAACGAUGAGGAAAAAUGUGAUUAUUGUGGAAUUAAAUACUCCAAGACACUCAUGUUUGAGCAAAAAUAUUGCAAAAAUUGUUUAUUUUGGUAUGUUCAAUAUAUAACAGGCAAUAAUACAUACUUGGAUGCACAUAUAAAUACAAAUAAUUCUCAGUGUAUUAAACAUAAAGCAACUAGAAAUAAUUUUAAUACAACAAUCAUUCAAGAAUGGUGUGAAUAUUGUUCGGAGAUUUUAUAUUUUACACAAGUAUUAACAAAAAAUUCAAAUUGUUUGCACAUUUAUAAUGCUGAAUGCGAAAUUUGUAAUUACAAGAAUCGGUCAGAUUAUCAGGCUUCUUCUGGAUGGGUAGAAUCAACUUUGAAUAAAAAGUUCAUUCCGACCCUAUAUUUACCAUGGUGGGAUAGUUGUAACCAAUGUAUAGUUUGUUAUAAAGAAUUUAAAUAUAUACACCAAGAGUCAAAAUCUUAUUGUCAAAAAUGGUGUUCACGUUGCUUUAUAAUUUAUACUGGAUGUAGGUAUUGUUUAACAACAAAUAUAAUUUUUGGAAUUGCAGAUCAAUCUCAAUGUAAGAAAUGCAGAAGAAUUUCAUUCAUUAGAAUUGAUAUUACAGAUAUUAGAAGUGGAAAUUGUAUUAUAGAUGAAUUACUUGAUUUUCUUGAACCUACAAAAUUUUACGGUUCUAUUUGUAUAAGAAAUCCAAUUCGCAGUCCAUAUGAAGUGUAUUCGUUUAUUCGUAAUAAACCUCCAACCAAAGGAAUAGUGUGGAUUCCAUAUUCUCAAGUUACGAAUUUAAAGAAAAUAGCAGAAGGAGGAUUCAGUAUUAUUUAUAAAGCGACUUGGGGAAGAACUGAUGUUGCUGUAAAAAAAUUACGUGAUUCACAAAAUAUCAGUAAGCAUUUUCUAAAUGAGCUAAGAUCGCUUUAUCAAUGUUAUGAUUACAAUUUUAAUGUUAUUGGCUGUCAUGGCAUUACACAAGAUCCUAUAACAAAAGAAUACAUGUUAAUAUUGAAUUAUGCAGAAGGUGGAAAUUUGCAUGAUUAUUUGCAAAAGUACUUUAUAAAUCUUAGAUGGAACGACAAAUUGUGUAUUUUAAAUGGAAUAUCAUAUGGAUUGCGAAAUAUUCAUAAUAAUAAUUUUAUACAUCGAGAUAUUCAUAGUGGAAAUAUGCUAUUAAGUUCUCAACAAUGGAAAAUUGGAGACUUAGGGUUAUCACAACCUGCGAAUAAUACAUUAUCAAAUAAUGAAAUAUAUGGAGUAAUACCUUAUAUUGCACCAGAAAUAUUCAAAGGUGCUGCAUUUUCAAAAGAAUCUGAUGUAUAUGGUUUUGGUAUGAUUAUGUGGGAAAUUACAAAAGGUUGUAAACCUUUUGCUAAUAUUGAACACAAUGUUGAACUUAUUUAUAAAAUUAUUGAUGGAAAACGCCCUGAAAUUACAAAUGAUACCCCUGAAUGUUUUGCAAAUUUAAUGAAAAAAUGUUGGGAUUCUGACCCUUUAAAAAGACCAACUAUUGGUGAAGUCAAGCGUUCUAUUCACGAAUAUCUUUGUCGGUUUGAUAAAGUCGAAACAUUUAAACAAGCUGAAAAAAAAAGAUUGGAAUUAAUACAAUUAAAGCAACUUGGUUUCGAAUUUAGCGAAAACCCUCAUCCAAAAGCAAUUUUUACAAGUAGAGCAUUAAGUUCAUUGAUUUCUAAAGCUUCUACUAUAAAUUCUUCUUCAAUGAUCUCAUUUAAUGUCAAACAAGGAUAUAUUACAAAAGAAUAUGAAUUUGAUAUAAAUAAUAUUCAAAGCUUAACUGUAUCCGCAAAUUCUUCAAGAAAGCGUAAUUUUGAAGAAUUAAAGAACGAAACGAAUGAAACUCAAAAAAAUAGAAAAUAUAUUAAAGUUGAUAAUUUGGAUGAUGAAUGUUGUCAAAAAUAA